AUGGACUCUCGCUUAGGUGCUGUGUUCGCCGCUAUAAACGUUUCCUCGACAACCGGGCCUCAAGCGGUUUGUCCUUCGUCGUUCGCUCAAAGUUCAGCCGCCAAUCAGAUUGGCACAGUUCAGGCGGGAAUCUCGCAGAUCGGCCUCUCGGCUCCAUUCCCACAAACCCAGUUCAACAGUGGAGCUAUCUCACCACCAGAACUUCCGUUCUUCACUCAGCCCUUUCAGAAUGGACUACUUGAUCCGAGCCAAUUCAACUUAGCCAAUCUGCCUACCGAGACCUUACAAAACCUGAACAAGCUCGUCAGUCAACCGGUCGAGAAUCUACGCUCAUCUCCCAUCUUGACGUAUCUACGAGGUGCCGUGGUCCAAGCCCUGUCCCAGUCCAGUUCGGGAUCAGAGACGUCGACGCCAGACGAGCCGCCAUCUCUGGAAAUGCCUUCUAUUCUGCCUUCGACCAGCGAGCCAGCUCUUCCCGAGCCCAACCCGGAAGUGCCACGCCGAAUCAGACGACGCAGACCUAAAAGUCCCAAACGCAGCAAGAGCCCCAAACAGAAGACGGCCGAGGAGGAAGAGGUGAGUCUGUUUUAA